AUGCCGCCGACGCCUACACGCUCGGAUCCCGCCGUCCGCAAGUCAACCCGUCCCCGGCUGGCCGCGCCGAGACGGCGCAACGAAGAUAUCGCGGCGGUCAAGCGCGCAUUUGAUAUCCUGCGCACCGCCGGACAAGAGACGCUCCGCGCACAAACGCCGACGCACGAGGGAGCUGGCGAGGCCCGAUACGCCGCCCCCGAAUCCGUGGCACUGCGCGCGAUGGAGCAACUCCACCUGCCCCCGCCCUCCUCCCGCGACACGCCUGCGGAGCCGCGGCCUGGCCCAUCCAGGCCCACCGCUGCGGACUCCUUUGCCGCAGAUGUUGCCGUCACCCGGAACACCACGCCGCCCACCACCCCCGACGAGCCACUAAGCACCCCGCCGGGUGCACCCAAGCCGCAGCGUCAACCCAAGACGCCGCGAAAGCCAGAGGCGACGUCAAAAGUCGCCGCUGCCGCCGCGGCCCGCGCCGCCCGCGCGACCGCGCCAACACCCCCGUCUGGCGCUGCCGUGUCUGCGCCCGCGACCCGCACCUCCGCGCCCCGCGCUACGAAGCCCGCGCCUACAUACAGCGCUGCCCUCUCCGCACCCCGCACCGCAAAGCCUGCGCCCCGCGCCGCCGCGUCCGCGCCCGCGCCCCGCGCUGCCGCGCCUGCGCCCGCGUAUCGCGCAGCCGCGUCUGCGCCCGCCCCCGCAUCCACGCCUCGCGCAAGCCCUACUGCGCCCGCGCCGCCCCCGAACCCAGCCCAGCCCGAGAUUCGCGUGCCAUCGCCGUCGCGUUUCCCGCCGCCAACCAAUUUAAACCCGCCCUUCUCUGCCGCCCCCAGAGCCGCAAAGAAGAGGCAAGGCGGGGCCACACCACCGCCUCACUCGAUGCCAAAACUGGACCUGUCGCCGAUGGACACCACUUCGGCGGCGUCCCCCCCGCAGGCGGCACCCACCCGCCCCACGACGCCCACCUCAUCGAAGGACGAAGCAGCAUCCCUUCCCGCCACCAAGAGCGGGAAACGCUACCCUCCCCUUAUCGUGGAGGAGAUGCCUGACUGGCCCAUGCACUUCCGCGAACUGCGGACGCUGCUGGGCCACCACGUCAACGCCCGCCCCCUCAGCAAGGGGAUCAUCUUCACUCCGCACGACGAGGAAGAGUACCGCAUCGUGCAAAGCUACCUUGGGGAGCAAAACAGAACCAAUGGGAUACACUGGUACUGCUAUGGCCUUCCAGCAGAGCGGAGCCUCAAGGUGGCCAUUCGCGGCCUCCCAGCGAACACCGCGCCGGCAGACAUCGAGGAAGACCUUAGGAAGAGAGGCUUCCUACCCGACUUCGUUCGCCAGAUCAGCGCGCGCAGCGGCCGGCCUGGAUGCAUUUUCCACGCCCAGCUGCAGCGCACCGCAGAGACGACGCCGGCAAUAUACGCCAUCUCAGAGCUCCUGGGGAUGCCAGGAGUUAUCAUCGAAGCCUGGCGUGGCAGGAAGGGCCCAGCGCAGUGUCACAGAUGCCAAGGGUUCAGGCACUCGUCUGUGAACUGCCACCGCCCCCAAGCCUGCGUCCGGUGCGCCGAACCCCACCCCGCCAGCCAGUGCAAGCGGGACCGGAAGGAGCCAGCGACCUGCAAGAAUUGCCAAGGCCCGCACCCCGCAAAUAGCACCGAGUGCCCGGUCUAUAUACGGGAGGCGCGGAACAAGAAGGCCGGAGUGGCAGCGCGCACUGGCGCGCCCCCGCCACCCCCAACGCAGCCCACUGCCGACGCAAACAACGCGCCGCAGUCGCUCAUGGCAGCCGCCAACGACGGAAAGCGCCUGCCAGCCCGAAGACGCAAGCGCGGAGGGAAGAGGAAGACCAAGACGGGUCCUAACCCCACCCCCGCGCCGCAACAGAAACCCGAGCAGCCCUCGACCGCCCCGAUUGCCGCAGCGCCACAAUCGCAACCCCCAACUGACCCGCCCCCCACGGUCGCCCCCCCACCUCAGGGGAAGAAGGCGAAGUCCGGAGGGGGAGCCGCAGACAGCCGCACUGAGACCAUCACCAUAAUCGAGGGGAUCCUGCUGGACCUCCUCGCUGCCGUCCAGUCGGGACAGAGCCCUGUUCCGACCAUCGUCAGGAAACUAGCGGAGCUCUAACCCGCUGGCCACCCGAACCCGACCACCCUAACACCGGCUGACGUUCGCUAGCCGGGCCUCCCCUAAAGGGGUCUCACCCAGCUGGCUUGAACUCGCCGGUGUGAGAAGACACCAAUCUAGACGCCGCCGGAGCAACCGCUCCCCCCCAAGGACCCAGCCAUAUUUAUGGCUGGCGGUAGAACCCGCUGAAAGGGGCCGAUGCCCCGAGCAGCAUCCCCAAACCCCCGAGGGGGUAUUGAGAUG